AUGAAUGAAAUUAAAGUUUUUUCAUGGGGUUCAGGUAAUUUAGGUCAGUUGGGAUUAGGUAAUACUGAUGAUAGUGUUAGUUCACCAUCAUUAGUAUUAUUAUCAAAUAACGAAAUUAGAAAAGUUAAUGAUAUUGUGGGUGGAGGAUCACAUACAAUGAUGGUGGCUAAUGACGGAGAUUUAUACACAUUUGGUUCGAAUGAUUGUGGUCAAUUAGGUUUCAAGUUAUUAGAAAAUCAAAAAUAUAUAACCACUCCUCAACCUGUAGAUUAUUUUAAAAACAACUCAAUAAAAAUAAAAAAUUGCUCAGGUGGUUGGUCACAUAGUCUCGCCUGUGAUGUUAAUGGCUUUGUAUAUUCAUGGGGAUCAAACUCACAUAGCCAAUUAGGUUUAACAUUCAAUGCAAUCGAUACUACAGAAAAAGAAAAAAAACCACAACAAUUACCAAUUAAAAUAGAUAGUAACAAUAAUAAUAAUAAUAAUAGUAACACUGAAGUAAAAAGAAAAAUAGUUUUUAAAAAAAAGAUAAUAAAUAAUAUUAAUAAAGAAAAUCAAUUUAACCCAAUAAAUAUAAAUUAUUUUAUAAAUGAAAAAAUUAAAAUUAUAUCAGUGUCUUGUGGUAUGAGACACUCUAUUGUAUUAUCAAGCGAUUUUAAAGUAUAUGGAUGGGGCUGUAACAAGUUUGGUCAGUUAUCAAAUAAUGUGCAAGGUGUUUUACAGGAGUUACCAAAGCUUUUAGAAUUUGGUGGGGAAGGGGUAUCGCAAAUAUCGUGUGGUUUCAAGCAUACAGUUUUACUAGACACCACUAAAAAAAAACUGAUAACAUUUGGUUUUAAUAGAUAUGGCCAAUUGGGAAAUGGAAAUACAACAGACCAAUCGCAACCAGUUAUUAUACCAAUAGAACCUAUAUUAAACGAUGGUGAUUGCAGUGUCAUUGUAAAAGAAAUUCAAUGUGGCUGGAGUAAUAGUUGUUUCUUAACAAACCAGGGUAAAUUAUAUUUAUGCGGACGUGGAGAAUAUGGAAUAUUGGGUGAUGAAAGGGAUUUGACCGUGGAUCUAUCUGUUCAAAAUAUAUUCAAAGUAUUAAAAAGUAAACCAUUCAAUAGUGAGCCUAUCAGUAGUUUUUCAAUGGGAUCCGAGCAUGUACUUAUUCAGCUAGAAAACAACGAUAUCUACUCGGUUGGUUGGAAUGAACAUUACCAAUUGGGCCUGUGUGAAGUGGUAAUACCUGGUAAAGAUGGCGAUAAUAAAUCCAUACCCCAGCUUCUUCCUUCAAUUAAAGGUUCUGGGGACUAUAGUUUUGUAAAAACCGGUAGUGGCCAUUCAUUUUUUAUAGUUAAUAAAUAA